AUGCCGCUCCAGAACUCCGUGCUCUCGCCGGCGGCGCUCGCGCAGCAGCUUGUCAAGGACGCCAAGGCCGGAUCGACACCGGCGUAUCUCGUCGUCUAUGCCGGCCUCAUCAACGGUCGCAGCUGGUGCGGCGACUGCCGGACGGCCGAGCCCUAUCUGGAAAGGAAAUUUGCCCAGAAGGACGCUCAGGUGGUCUACGCAGGCGACCCGCAGAAAUGGAGACGGACAGACAAUCCGUUUCGCCAAGGCCCGUUCAACGUGACCAACCUGCCGACGCUGCUCAAGGUGACCAGCGAUGGGCAAUGGCAUAAGCUCGUAGAGGCUGACGUCUACGACCAAGCCAAGCUGGAUGCAUUUGUCGACGGAAACUAG